AGUACAUAAUAAUGAAAAGAAGAAAUCAAUGUAUUCUGUCAUGGAGGUGUACCACUUGGUGACUGGUAGGUGGGAGCAGAUACCCACCACUGGUAACCCUCCACUGGGUGUUAGGAGCUAUGCAGCUGCUGCCAUUGGAAAUGAAAUAUUUUAUUUUGGAGGCUAUUGUGGUCAUGGUGACUGUUGUCAUAAUAGUUUAUACAGUUUUAAUGUCGAUACCUUCAACUGGAAGGAACUCUCUCCUACUACAUCUCGUCAUGGUCCUAUGAUGAAGAAGCACUGUGACAUGAUAGCAAUAAAAGUGAAUGGUGAGGACUAUCUUGUAGUAAUUGGAGGACAUGGACCAUCUUCUAAUAAUGCACCAAAACAACCUGGUGCCCAGUACAGUGAUGAUAGGAAUAAUGAAAUACAUUUUUAUAAACUCUCAUCAGGUGAUUGGAUAUCACCAACUGUCACUGGAGACAGACCACCUCCUAUUAGCUCCUUCACUUUAACAUCAGUUGAUAAUUCUAGUGCUAUAUUAUUUGAAGGCCUCACUGCUAACGGAAGGAAAUUGUUUAAAGUUAUCUAA